AUGAAUCCUGCAUCUACCAGGCAUGAGCACAGACGUGAGUCCAUCCACCCUCCCAGCCGCACAACAUCACAAUCUGAACUCAGGGGUGUUCCCUCACGCUCGGAGUCACUGGUGUCUAUCACCUCUGUUGCCCCUCCCAAAAAGCCUCCACCGAGUGCCACAUCAUUUAGUAGGUCUACACGGUCAGUGCACAGAGAACAGAGUGCCAGCAGAUUACCACCAACGAAACCCAACCAGAGCCAGAAGGCGCCGCCUGGCCAUGUGUCUAAGAAAAUUAAGAUACGUGCAUCGUUCAAAAGACGGGCUGAGGGCCGGGCUAAGGUCCCAAAAAGACUCAGAGACAGCUCAAAGCAUUUUAUCUUCUCAUCUGCUGGAGUGUUGAAGGUCUUGAGGAUGUGUAUUAUUGCAGCAUCGGUGGUUUGUUUCAUCAUUGGUGGCGUCCAUGAGAUGUUUGUAGCAAUCACAAUUCAGGAAACCUGCAUCGUCCUAUUUUUUAUCAUAGUAUAUUUGGUAACCCUUCAACACUUGCUGAUCUGUAUACAAUGGCCUUUGCUUGAUCUUAUCAACAGUAUCAUUUCAACUGUGUUCCUUGGAGUAGUUGCCAUACUAACAUUGCAAGAAAAAGAAAGAAGGCAUUGGCCCUAUGUUGGAGGGAUCCUGUGCCUCUCGGCAGCAAUCUUGUGUCUCAUCGAUGCGUUAUUGGUCAUCAAGAACAUGAAUAACAUGGAAAACAGCCCUGGGCAUGUAAACUAAG